AUGCCUCGAACCAACUUGAAAGUGAAAUCUGGUAUGAAGGCAUCUGAAGUGAAUCUUAGGAGAAUGUGGCUGCCGCUUCGUCUUGACGACGUUGACAAUCCACAGAAUGCGCUUGACCGUCAGUCGGUCCUCGAUGUUAUCCGAAGUGUCUACGAUCCUUUGCUAACUGCUUGGCUUGCUGAGCCAGGUCAUACCUGGCAAAAUCAGUUUUCGGCCAGAGCUGCCAGUAGCCAGUUUCGAGAACAGGUCAUAGCUAGGAUGCGAGAGCUACCAUCAGGCGUUCAAUCGAUAGAGUCUGAGGCAGUCCUUGGUGAAAUCCUAUACGAUAUUCUUAGGUUUUACCGGUUUACCGACCCCGCCUGGAGGGUACCUACCCCUGGCACUGCUGUCGCUUCACCUGCCCCUGCCCCUGCGGCUGCCGCUGCUCUUGCUCCUGCUCGUCCUCGUGCUCGUCUUGGUCCUGUUUUGAGGAACCUAGUUGAUGGUGCUAUUGCCACAAGAGUGGUUACUGCCGGUGCUAACCUGGAAGUGCUUGCAGAUGCAGCAAACCAAGUACUUGCGCCUACUGCUACUGCUAAUCCUGCUAACCCCCUAGAUGUACUUGCAGAAGCUGCAUGCUCAGCCGAGCCUAAUCCUGUGGCUUCUCCUACUGAACCUCUCGAUAUACUUGCUGCUGCUGCAAGCACAUUGCCAUAUGCUCCCACUCCCGCUCCCGCUACUGCCGCCGGCCCGAUCGAAUCUCCUGCUCCUGGGACCAAGAGAGGUAGAGACGAUGAGUCCGAGGAUGAGUCUGAGCUGCCUGAUAAGAAGAAGCAAGCGAAGUAA